AUGAUCAGAAUUUGGGAUUUACUGCUGAUUUCACUACUGACUUUCACAUUCACAUGGAAACAGAUUUCAGCUCAGAAUUCACAAACCAAUUGUACUGUGAAGACUAACACGAGCUGUGAGGCAUGUCUGGAGAAUGUUACUUGCUUAUGGUGUAUACCGACUCGGCAAUGUAUGGAUUACCCAGUAGGGACCAUCCUGCCCACUCACAAAACGUGCCCACUCAACGAUGCCCGUUGGGGUCAAUGCUGGGUGAAUUUUCAGUCUCUGAUCAUAGCAUUGAGUGUGGUUGGAGGUGUGAUCAUCAUCUCGCUCUUAAUCUGCUGUUUCUGCUGCUGCAAGUGUGAGAACAUCGGAUCUCGUUCAGACACUCGAAUACAGAGAGAAUCUGAUCUCAGACGAGUCAAACAGGAGGAGAGAAAAACUGAGAUGAGAAUCAGACACGAUGAAAUCCGGCAGAAAUAUGGUUUGUCUAAGGUGAACCCGUACUCCAGAUUUGAGAAUAACUAACACUACUACUGCUGCUGCAUCACACUCCCACCUUCUACACUAGUGUACUGAUACACUUCUGCACACACUUAACACUCCUACAGUCAGUUCCAGAAUGAUUUGCACCACUGCAAUGGUUUAUACGUUUAAAUAAACCAGAACAAAUAGUCUUAGAGUUUCUCCUCAAUCCAGAACUUCUCAUUUGGUACUAAAUACACACUCCUCAUUCAAAAACAACACAAUCCAAGCAACUGAGGGUCAAGGGCCUUGCUCAAGGGCCCAACUCUGGUAUAAUAUUAGUGGCAGAGUUAAACCCUUUAACUUUUGAUAAAUAAUCCAAUAUCAUGAUUACUGAGCCACUGGUGUCUCCAGAUCCUGUCUAAACUUCCUCCUCUUUAGCUUUACACUGGACUUUAGAUUAGAGGACGAGGACGGUCCCGGCGUGGUCUCGUCUCGACUCAUCCAGCUGUUUGUGUGUGUAUGUUUUUGGACGUUUUUGAUUUCUGCACUUUAGUCUUAAGAAGAUUUUCCUUUAUUUUAUCAUUACUGUCCACAGAAGCUGAACACCAGCAGUUUAGUGGUGGGAUUUGGAUUGGUGUUGAGUUUUAGGUUCAGACACUUGGUGACCAAAUUGCUUCCAUCUGUAACUGUUCAGUUCAUGAACCAGAUAUUUUAAAAGAUCUUUUUACCAAUAAUUUUCCUGGUGCCAGUAGUUCUGGAACUGAUGCAUCUUUAAAUGAUCUGUAUCUGAUUUUAUUCUUUUUAUUUUAUUAUUAUCUGUGUACUGUGUGAUUUGUACCAAAGAAUCAUUUUGUGAUCUAAUGUAUUUUGUGUGAAAGUUUCUUAUUUUACUGUGAUUUUAUUCUUAUUUUUCUUAUUCUUAUUUUUCUUUUUUUUUUACAUGAAGUAAAUCUUUUUCCAAAUAUAAAUUUCUUUGUAAAAGGCCAAUAAGGUUUUGAGCUCUCUCUCUCUCUCUCUCUCUCUCUCUCUCUCUCUCUCUCUCUCUCUCUCUCUCUCUCUCUCUCUCUCUCU